UGUUGCAGAUUCGGAUUUGAAGUCCUGUAAGUGGAGCGGGCCCUACAGACCGAGGCGCCCCGUCCGACCUGACUUAUUUUGUUUGUUCGUUUGUUUUGUUUUCUUCCUAGUUUUUUUUCUUUCUUUCUUUAUUUGAAAUAAUGUGUUUACAGUUUUGAUCUGGAGGAUUAUAGCAGCAUAUUGUCGGUGGCUUCCAUGUAGCGGGGAAAGAGGCUGUGUGUGUUUCUGAGGGAUCCAUCAGAGGCUUAUAUAAGAAGAGCCGUCAUGUAUGCGGGACGAAAGAGGAGAAAACCCGUCCAGAGAGCGGUGAAGCAGCAGCCGGCUGAAGGGGCCAAGUCCAACCCGUCCAAGCGGCAUCGGGACCGGUUGAACGGGGAGCUGGAGCGGUUGGCCAGCCUGCUGCCUUUCCCCGAGGAGGUCACCGCCAGUCUGGACAAACUCUCCAUCCUCCGCCUGAGUGUCAGCUACCUGCGGGCCAAGAACUUCUUUUCUGUCACCCUGAACAGUCGGAACGGAGCGACUUCAGCCAGUGCGAAUGAUGACGACAGCAAAACAGGAGGAGCUGUGGAGAGCAAGAUUCCUGAAGGCGAUCUUUUGCUGCAGGCUCUCAACGGUUUCGUCCUGGUUAUCACUGCCAGUGGAACCAUCUUCUACUCCUCUCACACCAUCCAGGACUACUUGGGCUUCCACCAGACGGAUGUCAUGCACCAGAGUGUGUAUGAGCUAGUCCAUACGGAGGAUCAGCAGGAGCUCAGGAGAAACUUGCACUGGGCUUUGAAUCCUCCUGCCGCCACUGCAUCUGCCAUUACCCAGGACUCCCCUCAAGAGAUGGAACCAGACAGCAGCUCAUCUUUAGUCACCUACAACCCUGAGCAGCUUCCCCCAGAGAACUCGUCCUUCCUGGAGAGGAGCUUCGUGUGUCGCUUUCGCUGCCUCCUGGACAACUCCUCUGGCUUUCUGGCUUUGAACAUCCAGGGCAGACUCAAGUUUCUGCAUGGACAGAACCAGCGGCAAGAAAACGGAGGAAAGGUCCCGCCUCAGCUCGCCCUUUUUGCCAUUGCGACUCCCCUGCAGCCUCCAUCCAUCCUGGAGAUCAGGACCAAGAACAUGAUCUUCAGAACCAAACACAAGCUGGACUUCACACCCAUGGCCUGCGAUGCAAAGGGGAAGAUAGUGCUGGGGUACACAGAGGCUGAACUGCGGGUACGAGGAUCUGGUUAUCAGUUCAUCCAUGCAGCAGAUAUGCUGUACUGCGCAGAGAACCAUGUCAGAAUGAUGAAGACUGGAGAGAGUGGCCUGACUGUGUUCAGGCUCCUUACCAAGGAGAAUCGCUGGAAAUGGGUCCAGGCCAAUGCCAGGCUGGUGUACAAGAACGGCAAACCAGACUACAUCAUCGCCACCCAGAGGCCUCUUUUAGAUGAGGAGGGAGGAGAACACUUGCGUAAACGCUCGAUGCAUCUACCCUUUACCUAUGCUACAGGAGAGGCCCUGCUUUACCAGUCCAACCAUCCCAUAGCAGGCUUUGGAGAUGGAAGCCAUGAGAAAAAUGGCAGUAAGUCAAAGAAGAGCCGGACUGAGAGGCUGGUGAGGGAUGGUCUGGACCCUGGCUCUCUACUAGGGGCACUCAUGAGUCAGGAUGAGUCGGUGUAUGUUUGCCAGCCUGCCGUGGAGCCCAAAAUGUCAUUCCAUAGCUUCUUUGGAGAGCAAAUGAGCUUCUCUGACUCUGAACCCCCCAGCUUGCACAGGAGCUGGGACGAGACGAGCAAUAGUGUGCUGGGUCCAGGAAUCACACAGGCAGGCACCAGCUUUGACCCACUGCUGGCAACUCUGGACUCCCUCUCCCUGGAAGGCCAUGGGGUUGUGGAUUCAGAAGAGGGGGGUUGUUCAAACGGCGAGCUGUUUGGGGCUCUGGAAGGUCUCGGGCUGAGUGCCGAGGACCUUGAGCUGCUGCUGCUGGAUGAGCGCAUGAUCAGAGUUGAGAUGGACCCUGAACGUGUGCCCACUUUGGACGACCUACUGACGAACGAUGAGAUCCUUUCUUACAUCUACGACUCCAUAGAGGGAAAGAUUGAUUCCACAGUGCAUGGAGGACAGGUGCCUCCCAGUACUGCCUCAGCGACAGCCACAACAGUGUCACUACCUGAAAGUAAUUCCACCUCUGAUGUCAAUGUGCAAAUGCAGUUUCCUCACCAUAAGCCUCCCCUGGUGGGGCAGACCCCCAUUGUCCAGCUGUCCCAGCAGAUGCAACAGCACCUCAACAUGCGACCCAGUAAAGUGACACAUGACUGGGGCCAGCAGAGUGACCAUUUGGCCAACAGGAUAGUUAAUGGAGACAUGCUGGGGCAAAAUCAAUCCAUCCCUAAUGGACAAUGGACAGCCCAACACAUUCUGGCAAGUGCAGGGAUACAACUGGAACACUAUAACACACAACAGACUAUUUUAAAUGGCAAGGCCUCAGAGCUGGAUGGCAAGCUUCAUCAGCAGCAAACACAUCAACGCUACCUUCAGCAGCAGCAGCAGCAACCCAGGGUGCAGAACCAUCUCUCACAGCAGUGCCAUGCCAAACAGAAGGCAGCCAACCUCAACGGACUGUGUGGCAUCUCCAGCACAGAGCACUCAGCAAGAAAAUCCCAGUGGCAGGACUAUGGAUUCAGCGAGAGUCUGGGCAGCAACCCCUGCCUUGAUAACAGCCAAAAACCUCUGACAAACACCUCACUAGAUACUUGCAUGGAUUAUAGCAUGCCAGAUAUUGACAAUGCGGAUUACACUGUUAGUGGAAGUUUGUUUGGGGGGAGUGGACAACAGCACGGGGCCGUCUCCACGGUUUCAUCAUUCCAGGGGAUGAACCAUAAACAGCAGUCGGAGCAGAUCCCAGUUCCUUUGGCCCAGGUCAUCUCCAGCCUGUCGCAGUGCCCUCCCCCCAAUGCCUCCCUGGAGCAGAUCCUUGGAGUGGAAAAGCCCUGCCGGCAGUUGGACCACUAUGGCAUGGUGACUUCUGAGAUCCCUCAUGACCCCAGUUCCAGUAAGAUGGAGAAUGGCUGCAUCCUGAACAGCACUUACCCUGGGGGCUGUGCACUGCCCAAUAGGAAUGGAACAGCGCCCCCUGCUGUCCAGAUGCCCGACCCAGAGACUUUGCCCAGCCUCCCCGACCCGCCAGCCACUGGCUUCUACCUCUGACCGGCUGACCAGGAACAGCAGGACACUGUUAAUGGCCAGAAACACACAAUGACUGGACCAGCCUUAUACAUCUAGACAACACAACAAACAAAGCUGAAGAAACGUAGGCCUAUAUGUUUCUUUCUUUGGCUUCAAAUUUGUAACUUUUUUUGAGGGGGGAGGGGAUCAUUGUGUUGUAUUUUAAGUCAUAUUAUCAUACGAGUCCUUUGUUUACAAUAAUGCAGUGAAGAGUGCUCAGUUGAGUUUAAGUGUUACAGAGAGGUAAAUGUGAGUCUUUAAAGCUGAGUUUUACAGAUCCGCGUUCAGAUACAACACAACGCACAAUUUACAUUCAGAGGCAAAAGAUUAUGGAUAGUUUAGCACCAAUUAUUUAAUAUUUAAAUCUAAGAAAAACUACACUA